AUGGCGUCUAUGGUAGCAUCGCUUCUUCCACCUCACCAAGGUCUUCUUCCCAACUGGCUGCUUCUGGUAUCAAUCGUCUCCGUAGCCAACAGUGCUCAGGCAUAUGCCACCCUCACAUACACCGCACGCGUCUACUCCGGCACCACCUCGCCAUCCUCCAAGAACUCCUCACUCAAGCCCUCGCCAACGACGCCAAACCUCACCACCGUGUCCCCAGUAACACCCUUAUCAGCACGCACUUUCGGUACCUGGACGCUUCUGUCCAGUAUCAUACGCCUUUACGCUGCCUAUAACAUUGACGACCCUGUGGUCUAUCAAUUGGCGCUGUGGACGUACGCCGUUGCCGGCUUUCACUUCUUCAGCGAGUGGCUGUACUUCGGAACCGCUAGAUGGGGUGCUGGUCUUGCGGGCCCAGUGUUCGUGUCUACGGGUAGUCUGGCGUGGAUGCUGAGCCAAUGGGGCUGGUACGUCCGAUGA